CAAAGAGAAAGACGUUCAUAUUAAAAUCGUACAGAUAUUUAUACCAAAGAAAUCCUCAAAGAGUCCAAUAUGCCAAUUAUUAAGAAUUAUGAGUUUGAUUUUGAAAAUCCUGAGGAAGUCGAUGAAAGCUUUUUGAUUAAAAGAUUAUCCUUGUAUGCUACCGUACGCCCCGAGGAUCUCAAAUCUCUGGGUGCGGAUCUUUACCAGUCCAAAUGGCGCGAGUUCCGACAGUCCCUACAGGAUUUAUUCCACCCGCCCCAGGUUUUACGCCAUGAUCCACCCAUCGCCGGGGAGAGGGAGUGUCGUGACUCGUCCCUAGAGGGUCUGAAGGAUGAAGAAACACCAGUCAUACAUGAGCGGGAUUUUUCCAUUCAGUACCAGUCGGCGGGAAUCCGGCCACACGAAUUCCCUGUUAUAGGUUUUCACGUUGACGAUAAAAUCUGCCCCGGAUUCUGCUACCAAGUCCGCUACAUGGGAACCAAAGACUUCCUGUUUAAUGGAGAACCGCGCAUGCUUCAAUCCGUCGGCUUUGGAUACGGAAAGCGACUGACCUUCCAGGGAAAUACCCGAAAUAACAAUGAGAACUAUUUCUGGUCGGACAGCCGAGUGGAAGGAUUUGCUUUCAGUAUAUGCGCAGUGGAAGCAGGCGACAAGUUCGUCAUCUAUGACGAAGUCUCACGUGUUGCUGGUGACGUAGAAGUACUUAGUGUUGACGACGAUCAGGCGGAGGUAGAUACCGUUUAUGAAAAAGGUUGUGUCAAGAAGUUCGUGCGCGUGCGCAUGACUGCCAACGUUCAAUAUCACAACCGCCAUCAGGGUAUGUUGAUGGACGUCACAGACCACGUGAUUGAUAUCGAGGGGACUGCUGAGAUUGUACGCCAACGGAGUUCCACAAGGGCAACGACUCAACAGAUCACGGACGUGCACAUCCAAAGUCUCGGCAAGUGCACGCUAUGGAAGGAAGACUGAGGAGGGAACUAGUUUAUGGAGACUUCACCAGAAUCUCAUGAAUGAUCAAUGCCACACGGCGUGUUCACCUUUCCUUAGUUUACAGUUCAUGUACAGGCUGGGUUCAUGAACGUACCGAUGAACGCGUGUACGUGUAAUUAAAAAACUGAGAAACAUGUACCAUGAUACUUAAACGAGACUUUUUUUUAUAUGUAUAAACAUGUAUAUUGUUAGACAUUUUAUCUUAAUAUAUUGAUAUACAUUUGUUACUCUUAUUUUGUUUUUAAUGAAGAAUAAAAUAUUUGUUCAACAUGAA